UAGUAGUUCGGGUCAAAUCAAUUAGUGAAAACAUUUCUUGGAAAAUAUAGGAAACUCGGGCGAAAGCACUUUUGAAAUUAGAAUUUCGUUCGAAAAAACUUAUUGCACCUCAAAAAUUUCAAGUUUUUCAACAAUUAAUUUAUAUCUUUGUACCAUCAUUAGAUAAUAGAACGAACAACAACGACAUAAUAAAUAUCAACCGCUUUAAGUUUUGUGUGUAAAAGCUUGCAGUGCCGGAAUAAUAAUUAAUACUAAUUCACAAAAGCAGCAAGAAUAAACAGGACUAAAGCGAGUUUUUAUAAGAAAAACAAACAAAAAAUAACAAAAACUAAUUUUUGAGAAGAGCAGAAUUCCUGAAGAAAGUUUCAACAACACCAAAACGCUACCAAUCAGGCAGAAAUUCUCUACGGCAGACUUCGCACUCAAUCAAAAUGGCAUUUUCGACACAAAAGGAAUUUUUUCAUGUGCCCUUUAUGAACGAAUCGGUCGAAUAUGAGUGCCGCAAAGCUUGUGUCAAGUUGAAGACCUAUCAGUCGACUAUCGAUGAUCGCUCAUGGGCAAUGGAUGAGUCCUUACAAUCGAGAUUCCUUUCGGAUUUAGUCACCUGUCAGUCACCGGUUGGGGGCAUCGGUUAUGGCGACGGUGGAGAGUACGAUGAUGAUAAUGCAGGGGAUGAAUCAGAGCGCACAGGAGGACGCGCGAGAGGCUUGGGGCGCGGAGGCGGUGACCGAGGAGCGGUUGAUCGCGGAGGUAAGGGUCGAAGUGGCGAUAGCAGCAGAAACGGUGGCAAACGUGCUGGCGAUGAAGGCGGCCAUGUCGGUGGAUAUGGUAAGGGUGAUGACAUGGAUGCCGGAACUAGUAGUCGUGGCGGUGGUGCCCCCGGAAAAGGAGGUCGUGGGGGCGGCGGUCCCGGAGGUGGUCCAGGAGGUGGUCCAGGAGGCGCUGGUUCUGCUAGUGGUAGUGGGAGCGGCAAACGAGGUCAAGGGGAAAUGGUUGCUGCUGACAGUGUACUUGCAUGCGCCACCGAACAUAUGGGUCGUUUAGAGGAGCUGCUGUUGCACAAGAAAAAUCUCGAAAAACAGUUGGAUGUAUCGAAUGAAAGAUUGAAAGUAGCCAACAUGGAGAACGAGAAGAUCAAAGCCAUUAUGAACGAUAAAUUCGAUAGCAAUCAUUCGAAGGAUUUCUACAACAAAAUACAGAAACUUACUUCGAGCAGCAAAAUCAGCAAGGGCGAGGAGAAUGAACUCUUGCAGAUCUACAAUAAAUUCGAGAAUAUGAGUAGGGCUUAUGAAGUUUUACAAGCCGAGAAUGCCUACCUCAAGCGGCUAAUGGAGAAGCUAUCGCUACGUGCAUCCUACGAAACAGUCAAAAUAGAGCCAGAAAAGAGUAGCGAUAUAGCGUUUCUCCGGAACGAAGUGAACAAGCUGCGUCAAGAGGUGCUGUUGUUGCGUAAAUUCGAGGAUGAGAAACUGAAGGAACGCGUGGAUAGCAAUCGGAAUAAAAUGUCCGAUCAAGAUAUUGGAACGCUCAAGGCGAUUAUUAAGGAGCGUAAUGCUUUGCGUGAUAAAUGUAAGACCUUCAAAGAUCUCGAAGCGAAGGUAAACGAGUUGCAAAAGAUAGCCAAGGAAGCCGACAAAAUGUCCGAUAGUUUAUCGAAUGACUUGGAUAGUCAAUCCAAGCACAUUGUCAAAAUGGAGUAUGAGAUGAAGCAAAUGCAGGAGUACUAUGAAAAUCAAAUCGACAAACUAAAGUUCGACGAAGAAGUGUUAAAGUGUCAUCUGGAGGAUAUGAAGAAAGAACUACAGCACGCCAGAUGUAAAGCACAAAAAGCCGAAUGCCUGCAAAUGGAAAUCGGCUGUUUGCGCAACGAGCUGAUGCAACGAGAUUGGGCUCUGAACGAUUAUGACUGUCAGUAUAAGCAGUUAAUGAAUGUCAUCGACGAGCUCCAGGGUAAUGCCAUUCAAAAUCUGCACGACACACAAACUCAAACAUGCGUCGAUUAUAUGAAUGACCUAACCUUCUUUGCGCGCGCCACACUGAGUGAAAUAACAAAAGAACUGAAGAAGCGUGGCGGCGAUGGCGACAAAAUCGGUGGCGGCAUAUUCGGCGGACCUGCCAUUACCGACGGUCUUAGUCCCGAGGAUUGUUGCGCUGAGCUGCGUCGUUUACAAGAUAUCGUCAAACAGUUGACUAAACAAAAUGAAAUGUUGCAAAGUGAUGUAAACAAUGCUCAGGAUCAUAUUACGAAUUUGAAGAAGGGUAAAGAUGACCUCAACAUACAUGCCAUGAAUAAACUGAACGAGUUCUCUGAGCGCGUGGGCAAAUUAGAUUCGGAUGUGGGUAAAACCGCAAAGGAUACGGCCGGUAUGGAUAGAGACUUACAGGAAUCAAUCAAACUAGUGAGGGACAUCAGCGACAUUCAACUGAAAAACGCUCAAUUAACGAAUGCUGUGAAUGCGAUUACCACGCGCGAUGAUGAGAAAUUGAUUGCCGACCUUCGAAGGCAAUUGCUCGAAGAACAAGCUAAGAAUAAGAAAUGUCUGGAAGAGAACAAAAACUUACAGGAUGCUCUUCUUAAACGUGGCAUCGAUCCAGAGUCAGCCAUAAAAGACAUAAUAAAAGUUAGUGAUGUCAUUGAGACCAAAAAAGCAGAUGCGCAGAAAGGCAGCCCUACUGCCGUUCAAGAUGCCCAAAGGAGUGGACCUGGCACCACACAAGAAGAUGCAAGUAAAGUCGGCGGUCCAGUUGCUGGUAAAAAAGAUGAACCUGUGGCGGGCAAGAUCAGCGAACCUGAGGCUGGUAAAAAAGAUGGACCUAGUGCAGCCAAGAUCGGUGAACCUGAAGCUGGUAAAAAAGGUGAACCCGAUGCUGGUAAAAAAGAUGGACCUAGUGCAGCCAAGAUCGGUGAACCUGAAGCUGGUAAAAAAGGUGAACCCGAUGCUGGUAAAAAAGAUGUACCUGGCGCAGCCAAGUUCGGCGAACCUGAGGCUGCUAAAAAAGGUGGGCCUGAUGCUCGUAAAGAAGAUGGCCCUGGUGCAACUAAAGACGGCGGUCCUGGUGUUGGUAAAAAAGAUGCGCCUGGUACAGGCAAGGAGAGUAGUCCUUAUGCUGACCAGAAAGGUGGACCAGAUGCUGGUAAAAAAGAUGGGCCAGAUGCUGGUAAGAAAGAUGGGCCUGGUGCAGCCAAAACUGGUGAAUCUGACCCAGGUAAAAAAGUUAGACCCGAUGCUAGUAAAAAAGAUGCACCUGAUGCAGGACAAAUCGGGGAAUCUGAGGAUAAUAAAAAAGGUGGACCUGAUGUCGGUAAAAAAGUUAGCCCUGGUCCAGGCAAAUCUAGCGAGCCAGAUGCUGCUAAAAAAGGUGGGCCCGAUGCUGAUAAAAAAGAUGGUCCUGGUGCAGGCAAGGUCGCCGUACCUGAGGCUGGUAAGAAAGGUGGACCCGCUGCUGGUAAAAAAGAUGGUCCUGGUGCAGGCAAGGUCGACGUACCUGAGGCGGGUAAAAAAGGUGGACCCGAUGCUGGUAAAAAAGAUGGGCCUGGUGCAGGCAAGGUCGACGUACCUGAGGCGGGUAAAAAAGGUGGACCCUCUGCUGGUAAAAAAGAUGAUCCUGGUGCAGGCAAGAUCGACGUACCUGAGACUGGUAAAAAACCUGAUGCUGAUAAAAAAGGUGGACCUGGAGCAGUUAAAAAGGAUGACCCUGGUAUAGGCAGGAGUGCAGAUCCUACUGCAGCUAAAAGAGAUGGGCCUACUGCAGCUAAAGACCGCAGUCCAGAUGAAGGUCAACGGGGUGGACCAGUCGCAGAUACGGUUGGUGAUGAAGGCAAGGUGGCCGGGCCAGAUGCUGAUAAAAAAGGGGGUCCUGGUGCAGGCAAAGUUGGCGCACCUGAGGCUGGUACGAAACGUGAAACUGAUGCUGGUAAAAAAGUUGGCGUUGAUAAGGUUGGUGCGCCUGACGCUACUAAAAAAGAUAAACCUGGGACAGGCCAAAGCAGUGGCCCUGGAGCUGUUGAUAAAGGUGGACCAGGUGCAGAUAAAAUCAAAGGUCCAGAUGUUGAUGACAAAGGUGAUGCUGGUCAAAGAACAGACCCUGCUGCCACAGCACAAGAUAUCGGUCCGGGGGCCGGUGGCUCCACUAGAGCCGCUCCUGGUACUAAACGGUCCGGCGGUGAUGGUAAAGCAGGAGGUCCUUCAGGUGACGAUUCUGCAGUUGGGGCCAGGGUAAGAGAUGCUAUUCGUGAAGGCGCACCCGGUAGAGAACCCCGGAGUGGGCCAAGUUCUAGUGGUGGUAAAGGACGUAAACCUAAAAUCUCAGAUACACCAGCUGAUGACGCUUUCCAACAAUUUAUCGAUUCCAAUGCCAAUACAAUGAUAACGAAUAUAAACGCGGGUAGUGCACUCGAAAAGGAAUUGCGCGCUAUCCUGAAUGCAUUCAUGAUGGAAUGUGGCUUUUGUUUCUGCAAGAGCCUUGUGCCGAAGAGCAAAUUUUACGCCCUCUGUCACAAGCUAUUGCACAACGGCAUACAAUGUAUGUCCUUCCGCGAAUUGGCUUAUAUGCAUAGGAAAGUGUUCAUGGCCGCAGACAAACUGCAUCCAGGGUGUCUAAUAGAUCUGAUACUCACCGAGCAGGGUUUCAAGGAUGGGGAGGGUUUCAAGUGCUGCCACUGCAAAAACGCACUCUGCUGCAGCAGCUCGGAGGAGAUGCUCAAGCAAAUGGUAUGCAAGUUAGAGCGCGACGUUGAAAUGGCCCAAGAAAAAUUGGACAGUUUGAGGAUGCAACCCAGAUCACCCAAGAGCCCAUAUACAACACGCGGCAAGACGUACCGGCAAAUGGAAGACAGCUAUUCAGAAGCUGUGGAGGAGCUUCUAACAUGUCGAGAAACGAAACCGGUUUUGUGCAAAAUGCAAAGCAAGCAGAUGAAAACACUGAAGGCGCGCAUCAUGAAAUGCUCCGAAUUGUUGCGGUGAAAACUGUGAAUUUCUCCUUUACAUUUUGCUGUACGUUAAUGGCGAUGUUUAAUAUUUUUGUGUGUGUGGGAAACCAAACAAGCUUUUCAUGCUAACACAAUAUCUAUUUUUAGUUUUUUUUUUUGUAUAUGUUCAUCGUACCAGUUUCAAUUGGUUCCAAUUGAUUAUUUUGCAUUUCGUGGUGUGUUGGCAGAAAAACUCACACAAAUGGUUCCCCUCAUAUACACAUUCAUACAUACAUAUGCGAACGUUCAUGUAUUUAAAUAUGUACUUGUAUAUACGAGAUUAUGCUUCCACUCUUUUUGCUUAAGGAAAUUCUAUUAAUUCCCCAGCCACAGCAUUGGAGAAUGAACCUAAUUUCAUAAGCAAGGAUUGCGAAAACAGGUAUAUACAUAUAUAAGUACAUAAUUCAUGUAUGUAGGUAAGACCACCACAUCCGCGAAAGUAUUUUGGGGAUAUUUUGAAAAUAAUAAUUUGAAGCAAAAAAAUAACAAAAUAUAAUUCAGUUUUAACGAAAUCUAAGGAACUAUUUUUAAUAUACAAUACAAAGGAAAAAGGACUAAUUGAGCUAGAAUAUGGCCUUGAAAGCACAUACAAGUCAAUCCAGGAACAUUUGAGCUCGUUAAACUCUUUUUGGGAGAUGUCAUUACAGAUCCACCUAUGAAGUAAAUCUUGAAAUCUAUCAUCCUUGGUUAUUUAGCUAUGGAGGAAAAGAAAAUUCUGAAGGAAACUUUGGCUGCCACGUCACGGGAGUAUUUGCC